GUCAUAUUUAUUCUUCUAUUUUCAGGUGUUAUGUUGAAAUACUGAAACGUAUUCACUUCAGGUGUGUUAGUGCUCAAUAACGGUAUCCUACAUGAAUGCCAAUUUGAGUAGGAUAUUUGGAACUGUGUGUGCAUACUUUGUGGCAGUGAACUCAAAUAGAAAAAGUCCUUGUUGAGAGUUAACGUGACCAAGUCCUUGAUGAGAUGCUUGAAAAAUUAUUCUUUAUAUAGAAAAUGGACAUGACAGGGAUCCAUUUAGUUGGACAGAUGUAAUUAGUUUUGUAAGCUCUACCUGUCACGUAUGCCAGGCCUGACAAGAUAUCAGUUCGAAGGGCCAUAAGAGCAAGUUUUUAGGCCUGGUGAAGUGGAGGCAAAGCGUGGUGGGCCAGCUGUGCAAUGGCUGGUAGCACAGCAGUAACUCGACUCUCACGCAUUAUGAUGUGCCUGCUUACUUUGGCUGGACUUCCCAUCAUCUCUGCUCUGGUAGCAGAGGGUGUUGCACGGCCAGCAGAAAAUCAUCCACCCAAAGUUUCCCAUUGUGAACAAUACAACACUACACAAUGUUCAAACGAGGGUCCCCAGCCACUUCUUUGCUCAGGGAAGAUGACGGAGACUUGUGAAGUAUGGAAUAACCCAGAGAAGAUAAACCAGUGUUUUGUUGUUUGGACUAAUAACUCGGGCAAGGUGGAGAUUACAUACAAAGGUUGCUGGUUGAAUGAUAAUACCUGUUCAGAUGAAUGCAUCAACGACCAGCCAGCAAGUAGCUUGACAGAAAACAAAAAACACUUAUUUUGUUGCUGCAAUCACAACAACUGCAACCAUAACUUCUUUUGGCGGCCACUGCCAGAAGUCCCUAGUACCACACCAACCACACCUCAAGACCAAGAUGUUGUUGUCAAAACCGUUGCUUGGACAUUGGGCACACUUAUCUGUGUUGUGGUCAUCGUUACCUUGCUCUUCUACCUCUACCGUCGACGAAAAAUGGCCAACUUUAUGGAGUUGCCAAGAGUGGAAUCAGCAGCACUAGUUCCUCCUUCUCCACCAUUGUGUGUACGACCUAUACAACUGCGUGAAAUCAAGGCACGUGGGAGAUUUGGUGCUGUUUGGAAGGCCAAUCUCCACACAGAUGUUGUUGCUGUCAAAAUUUUCCCAGUACAGGACAAGCAGUCUUGGUUGGUUGAGAAAGAAGUGUACUCACUUCCUCAGAUGUCCCAUGAAAAUGUGCUGCAGUUCAUUGGGGCAGAAAAGCAUGGAGAUAAUUAUCAAGCAGAAUUUUGGCUUAUUACUGCUUAUCAUGAACGAGGGUCUCUCUGCGACUAUCUGAAGGUCAGCUACAAAAUAAAUAUUAAAUAUUUCUGAUGUUUUAGAAGUGGA